GAACUGCAAGACUUCCCGGUUUUCACGUGUGUGUUGGAAGUGGUGGAGAGAGGCUCCUUCCUGAGUGGUACACAGAUAAAGGGAUAUCUUUGAUACUCAGCACGGAAAUUGUGAAAGCAGAUCUUGCUUCAAAGACACUUAUGAGUGCAGCUGGUGAAACAUUUAAAUACCAAAAAUUGAUUAUAGCAACUGGUUCUUCUGUCAUUAGAUUAACUGACUUUGGCACAGAAGGUGCCGAUGCUAAGAACAUCUUUUACCUGAGAGAAAUAGAUGACGCUGAUGAACUCGUGAAAGCAAUCAACUCAAAGAAAAAUGGAAAAGCUGUGGUUGUCGGUGGAGGAUAUAUCGGCCUGGAGCUAAGUGCAGCUUUGAGAAUCAACAAUUUCGACGUCAGUAUGGUCUUCCCAGAACCUUGGUGCAUGCCCAGGCUUUUCACUGCCGGAAUAGCUGCUUUUUACGAAGGUUACUAUACGAACAAGGGAGUCAAUAUCAUCAAGGGCACUGUAGCCGUUGGAUUUGGCAGCAAUGACAACGGGGAGGUGAGUUCUCAAUCAUAA